UAGAUCUACAUUUUUUAAUUAGAACUGUCAGUUUUAGUGGAUGUAGGUCAUCAAAUAAUGCUUAAAUUUAAGUUAACGUUCUAUUCUCAUUUAGUUAGGAUUCUUUAAACACUUAAAAAUGGAACCUUCAUCAUUAAAUAAAGCUCACCAACAACAUAGGCGAGCAGAUGCUCUAUUGAAGUACAAAAAAUUCGAGGAAGCAAUCGAGUGCCAUGAAAAAGCAGCAGAAUUAUUAGAAGAAGCUAUUAAAGUAACAGAAAAUCCACAUUCUAUCGAAUCAUUGAAAUUACAGAAGGAUUAUCAUCUACGUCAAAAAAAAAUUAUACUAAUGAAAAAAGAACAAUCUGUAAAGACUAAAAAGGUACAAGGAAUUCAAAAACAAGGAACACAUUUGAGUAACUGUAGUGAAAAUGACCACAAUCUUGAUGACAAUGCUUCAUUACAAAGUGCAAUUUACCGUACUUUUGAAGAGACAGACAGUUUACUUUUUCUGCUAAUGAAAAAAGGUAGUUCUGGGAACAGUGACUCUGAAAGUUUAAAAAGUGUAGAUGCAGGGGCCUUAUCAUAUGAUGUCAUUGACACUCCAAAUUUAAAUACAAUUUUAGGAGCUAAACAUCCAAAGGAUGACACAGUAGUUAUAGAAGAGUUGAAAACAUUGAAUGAUCAGUUGCGUCAUUUAAUUAGCAAUCUAUUAGUACAACUUGAUGAAAGUUCAAAAGAAAUAAACAGAUUAAGAGAUAGAGUCAAACAGUUGGAAGAAGAUGGUAGUAAAGCUACUUCCAAGUGCACUACAGCUAACAAUUUAAAAGUAAUAACAGAUUCAUCUGGAGCAACUUCACCUUAUGUGUUCUCCCCUUGUAGUGAGUUAAGCCCAGACCUUUACGACAUUAGUACUAUUCCACCACUUGCACCUUUAGAAAUCCCCAACUUUGAUUUUUCUAAUUUAACAAAAAACAGUUAAACCGAUUUACGAAACUAGCAGUAGGGCAAUUUUUUGUUUUUUGUUUUAUUAUAUAAUACAAUGUAUUGUGUAAUAAAAUAAGUUAUCAAAUGCUAUUGCUUUUUGAGUAUGUUGAAAUUAUCCCACGUUAAAUCGAGUCAAUUUUUCUGUAUUAACCCUUAAUUCAUCUUACGUAAAACGUAAAAACAAAAAAAUUUUCGAAAAACUUCGUGUAUGAGACGAUUUGAAUGCUUAUUAUUUUGUUAUUAUAUUGCUUAUAUUGAGUGAAAAUAUUAAUUGCCAAGAUAACUUACAGUAAACACUUGAAUCCUUGAUUUAACCUGGGGCUUUAAUGAUUUUACAUGGUGCAGACAUACUGCCAACAAAUUUUUGUUAUGCUUUGUCGUGGUAAUUUAAUUUCGUUUAAUUUUUGGAACAUAAAAGGGUCUUCCACAACGAACAUCAGGCUAAUAUAGUAAAUGAAUAAGUUUUAAGUCACUAAAUAUCUUGUGUUGCUUUGAAAAAAGCAAAUUUGUUUAAAAUUACAUAUUAAUAAGAGGCUGGAUUGUAAUUGUACUUCUUUAUGUGCAUAUACAACUAAAAAAGAAAUUAUUUAAGGCAGAAUACAAAGUAUAAUAUGUAAUAUACUGAAGAAAAUGUUAAAAUAAAUAUUAUGGAAGUUAACGAAAUACGAUUUUUUUUGUAAAUAUGUGUUGAGGAAAAGUAAAUGACAAAAUCAUUAACUAAUACUUACAAAACUUUACUUCAAUUUAAUUUAAAU